UAUUCCGCGCCUGGCCCCGCCCUCGUUGCUGACGUCACUCGUUGUGCCAGCGUCCGGUGUUGUUGCAGGCCGCACGGACUGGCCCGGAGGGGGCGGAGCCAGGACCCCGUUCGCACCGUGCAUCAACCCACCAGGCAGAGCCAGGCAACGGAGCCCCGGGCAGGCCAGACGUGACAUGGCGGCCACUUCCUCCAGGCGCUCCCAGCAACAACAAGUGUCCGGAGCAGCGGGACAGCAGCAGCCACCGGCCCCAUCCGCCUCUCCCCCGCCUGCAGCACCGGCCUCCCCGCCGCUCUCACCGGACUCCCCUCCCCGCAGUCCGGACAUGCCGCCAGCCUCGCAGCGCCACGGCCCAGACUCGCAGCCCGAGGGGGAAGCGGCUCCUCUGCCGGCGUUCAUGCCCAGGCCCCUCUCCCCACCGCCGGGGGAAGCCGCUGCCCUGCUGUCUCCCAGCUCGUCCUCUCUACCCCCAGCACCGGCGCCCAGCUCCGGCAGCAGCAGCUCCUCGUCCUCCAGCAACAGCAUCUCCUCCGGCGGCAGCCCGGCUGACAGCCCGGACACCGGGACAGUCGGAGGCGGCAUAGGCCCCGGGGGCCCCCUGAGUGCGGUCAGCGGAGCUUUUCGGGAACUGUUCGAGGCAUGCAGGAACGGAGACGUGUCCCGGGUGCGGAGGCUGCUGGAACCGGGAAAUGUCAACGCCAAGGACAUGGCCGGGAGGAAAUCUACCCCGCUGCACUUCGCUGCAGGUUUUGGAAGAAAAGAUGUUGUGGAGCAUCUACUGCAGACGGGAGCUAACGUUCACGCUAGAGAUGAUGGUGGUCUUAUUCCGCUACAUAAUGCCUGUUCAUUUGGACACGCUGAGGUCGUCACCCUGCUGCUUUGCCAAGGUGCGGACCCUAAUGCGAGAGACAAUUGGAACUACACUCCACUUCAUGAAGCGGCUAUUAAAGGAAAGAUAGAUGUUUGCAUAGUACUGCUGCAGCACGGUGCAGACCCCAGCAUCCGAAACACCGAUGGCAAAUCAGCCCUGGACUUGGCUGACCCUUCAGCAAAAGCCGUCCUUACUGGUGAAUACAAGAAGGACGAACUCCUGGAAGCUGCCAGGAGUGGGAAUGAGGAAAAGCUCAUGGCUCUGCUUACUCCGUUAAAUGUAAACUGUCAUGCCAGCGAUGGGCGCAAGGAAGAUCUAAGCUGCCAGCUAAAGGAAUUGCUGAAAAUGUGGCUGAUGAUGUCAUCUACACCUUUACACUUGGCUGCAGGAUACAACAGAGUCCGAAUUGUCCAGCUACUGCUACAGCAUGGUGCUGAUGUGCACGCAAAGGACAAAGGUGGACUAGUGCCUCUGCAUAAUGCUUGCUCCUAUGGACACUUUGAAGUCACAGAAUUGUUGCUAAAACAUGGAGCUUGUGUUAAUGCCAUGGAUCUCUGGCAGUUUACACCCUUACAUGAGGCCGCAUCAAAGAAUCGAGUUGAAGUCUGCUCCUUGCUCCUGAGCCAUGGUGCAGACCCAACGCUGGUCAAUUGUCAUGGAAAAAGUGCAGUGGACAUGGCCCCUACCCCUGAGCUCAAGGAGAGGCUGAGUUAUGAAUUUAAAGGGCAUUCCUUACUGCAAGCUGCCAGAGAGGCAGACCUGGCGAAAGUGAAGAAGACACUUGCUCUGGAGAUCAUCAAUUUCAAGCAGCCGCAGUCACAUGAGACCGCAUUGCACUGCGCGGUGGCCUCUUUGCAUCCGAAAAGGAAACAGAUAACUGAGUUGUUACUGAGGAAAGGAGCCAGUGUCAAUGAGAAAAACAAAGAUUUCAUGACGCCAUUGCAUGUAGCUGCUGAAAGAGCACACAAUGAUGUUGUGGAGGUUCUGCAUAAACAUGGAGCAAAGAUGAAUGCUUUGGACACACUUGGACAAACUGCAUUGCACAGAGCUGCACUGGGAGGACACCUGCAGACAUGCCGCCUUCUGUUGAGCUUUGGUUCUGAUGCGUCCAUCAUCUCUUUGCAAGGCUUUACCGCAGCACAGAUGGGAAAUGAAGCCGUGCAGCAAAUUCUAAGCGAAAGCACACCUGUCCGCACAUCUGAUGUAGAUUACAGAUUGCUCGAAGCUUCAAAAGCUGGAGACUUGGACACUGUAAAGCAGCUAUGCAGCCCACAGAACGUGAAUUGCAGGGAUCUAGAAGGUCGCCAUUCAACCCCAUUACACUUUGCAGCUGGCUAUAACCGGGUUUCUGUUGUGGAAUAUCUACUAAACCACGGUGCUGAUGUGCAUGCCAAAGACAAGGGUGGCUUAGUUCCCCUGCACAAUGCCUGUUCCUAUGGACACUACGAAGUAGCAGAGUUAUUGGUGAGACAUGGGGCUUCUGUGAACGUUGCAGAUCUCUGGAAAUUUACUCCACUACAUGAAGCAGCUGCUAAAGGAAAAUAUGAGAUUUGCAAACUACUACUGAAGCAUGGGGCUGAUCCAACAAAGAAAAACAGGGAUGGGAAUACACCUUUAGAUCUGGUAAAAGAUGGAGACACAGACAUUCAAGAUUUGCUACGAGGAGAUGCAGCUUUGCUGGACGCAGCAAAAAAAGGCUGUUUAGCCAGAGUGCAGAAGCUUUGUACGCAAGAAAACAUCAACUGCAGGGACACCCAGGGGAGAAACUCCACACCCCUGCAUCUAGCUGCUGGUUACAACAACCUGGAAGUGGCUGAAUAUCUUUUAGAGCAUGGUGCAGAUGUAAAUGCACAAGACAAAGGAGGACUUAUUCCCUUACACAAUGCCGCAUCAUAUGGGCAUGUUGACAUUGCAGCUUUACUGAUAAAAUACAACACUUGUGUGAAUGCCACAGAUAAAUGGGCAUUUACACCUUUACACGAAGCAGCCCAGAAAGGAAGGACGCAACUGUGUGCUCUACUAUUGGCCCAUGGUGCAGAUCCCACCAUGAAGAACCAAGAAAGCCAAACACCACUAGAUUUAGCUACAGCAGAUGACAUUCGAGCUUUGCUGAUAGAUGCAAUGCCUCCCGAGGCUCUACCUAGCUGCUUCAAACCUCAAGCAACAGUAGUGAGUGCCUCAAUCAUUUCACCAGCGUCUACACCUUCGUGUCUAUCUGCAGCCAGCAGCAUUGAUAAUCUUACUGGUCCGUUGGCUGACCUUGCUGUUGGAGGAGCAUCAAAUGCUGGUGAUGGAGCGGCAGGGACAGAAAGAAAAGAAGGUGAAGUUGUAGGUCUUGACAUGAACAUCAAUCAGUUUCUGAAAAGCCUUGGUCUGGAACACCUUCGGGAUAUCUUUGAAACUGAACAGAUCACUUUAGAUGUGCUGGCAGACAUGGGUCAUGAAGAGCUAAAGGAGAUUGGAAUUAAUGCCUAUGGCCACCGUCACAAAUUGAUCAAAGGUGUUGAGAGACUACUGGGAGGCCAGCAGGGAACAAAUCCUUACUUGACUUUUCACUGUGUUAGCCAAGGCACCGUUCUGCUGGAUCUCGCUUCAGAUGAUAAAGAAUACCAGUCAGUGGAGGAAGAGAUGCAAAACUCAAUCCGAGAACACAGGGAUGGAGGCAAUGCUGGCGGCGUUUUCAACCGUUAUAAUGUUAUAAGGAUUCAGAAGGUAGUAAACAAAAAACUCAGAGAGAGGUUUUGUCACCGCCAAAAAGAAGUUUCUGAAGAAAAUCAUAACCACCAUAAUGAACGGAUGUUGUUCCACGGCUCUCCCUUUAUCAAUGCAAUCAUUCAUAAAGGCUUUGAUGAGCGACAUGCAUACAUUGGUGGAAUGUUUGGGGCUGGCAUAUAUUUUGCAGAAAACUCGUCAAAAAGCAACCAGUAUGUUUAUGGCAUAGGUGGAGGAACCGGCUGCCCAACACACAAAGACAGAUCAUGUUAUGUUUGCCACAGACAAAUGCUAUUCUGUAGAGUGACACUUGGCAAAUCCUUCUUGCAAUUCAGCACUAUGAAGAUGGCGCAUGCUCCUCCAGGGCAUCACUCGGUCAUUGGCAGGCCGAGUGUAAAUGGACUGGCAUAUGCAGAGUAUGUCAUCUACAGAGGAGAACAGGCUUACCCAGAAUAUCUCAUCACAUACCAGAUAUUGAAGCCAGAAGCUCCCUUACAAGCUGCCACAACAGCAGAGCAAAAGACCUAGUAAUUUGCAAUGGACUCUAUGAAAUGAACAACUAGAACUGAGCUGUUACAGUCCAGAUAACCUGACUGGCUAGGAGGACUUUCUCAUGAGAAGAAAAUCCUGAAAGCCCGGAAAUAAGCUGUAUUUUUUUUUUUAAGUGUUACAUUGAAGGUUCUAUUCUGAGUGGAUACACUCCCACUUGCUACUGUUCCUCUAAAGAUGUUUACAAGGGGUUGCCUUUUUAAUAACGUUUCUCAGGCUAAUUUUCAGUAGGUCAUCAAAGACGGAAACAAAAAAUCUGUCUGAGGUUUUAGCAACACUACAAAUGUAUUGCCACGCCAGCAUUUCCAAGGUGGCUGGUUUGGAUGGUACAUGUAUGUGUAACGUUUAAGUGACCGUUUUAAUAUUUUUUCAGCUUACGUUCCUUGGAUAGGGGACACAGCGUAAUCAGCUAUUUAUUUGUUUUAUAUUUGUGUAUAACUAUACUAAAGUGAGCUGGAAUCUUAAAAUGUUUUUUUUCCUUUCCUUUGCACAAAGAUGAGGUCAUAAACAAUGCAAUAUUUACUUACCAAGUCAGAACAUUUUGAUAAAUGUUUAGAUUUUAUUUUCUUUUUGCACUUUUAUGAAUAAAUGUAUUGUUUAGAAAUGAAGGAAGAAUAAGGAGAGCAAAAAACACUAAAGGGGUAUUCAGUUAACCGCAUUAAUUUACUGUGGUCUAAUUGAUCCUCCAGGGCUAGCCAAUGAACCCCUAAAACGGAAGUUAUCUGUGAUUUUUUAUUUGACCUGCUUCAUGCUGGUGUAAACAAAAUCCCUGAUAAUCAGCCUCAUUUUCAGGAUGACGGCCGGAUGGCUAAUUGAAUUAAGUGAGGAAAGGGAAAGGGGGUGAUUUUUUUUAUUUUAUUUUAAAACUGCAAAACUAUCCGGUUUUUUUAAUCCUGGAAAAUUUUCGGAGCUAAUUGUAUCCCCCCUACAUUGAUCUUUUCGCUGAGCGUGCUUUCGUUUUUGCAAGACACAGUAAAUGAGCUUACUAGCCAAAAAACAGGGAACAUCGUUAUUACUAUGCAUUCUUCUAGGUUACAUAGUGAUUAUGUGCAGAUAUGAAGGCUUAUUUAAUAGCAUGGCUCACCAUACAUCAGUUGUAGCUCUCAGUAACCUAUCCAAUAUUAAUUUUGAUAAUUUCAAAUGUCAAAUUAGGAUCAAGAAGUGUGUAUUGUUAUGGGUUAGAGCGGCAGAUUGCGUGGUUUGCAAAAUGCUAUUAAUCAUUUUAAUGAUUGCUUUUCUUUCAUUUACUGUAGUAGGGAUCAGGUGUUUCCUGGGUCUCUUGACACUGCUGAUAAUAUAGAAUUAUUAAAGCUGCGUUACCACCUAUCUAAUAUCAUUCCUAUGGUGACUCCUAUCUAAAGCUGGAGCCCUUGGAAAGCCAUGUGUCUCUGUGAUUCUCUGAAACUGUGUGGAAGAUACAGAACGACCGAUCACAAGCUGAUUUAUCGAGAAAUUCCUUUGCAGUCAUUUAAAGAGGGUUAAAAUAAAUGUAUUGGUCAGUUCUGUGUUCCAGGACCAGAAAGACAGCUGCAUGUAGCAACUCCUGCGACUAGAGGCUGGGACCACCAUAGGAAAAGAUAUUUCAUACAUGGUAGGGUGGCAUAGAGUCCUAAAAUCUUUUUCUACAAACAAAAACAUCUUUCCUCAGGGUGUCCAGCUAAUACCUAAAGCAAGCAAUUAGUGGUCAUUAUGAUGUAAGUACUCUGUCCUAGUUUCCAGCACUUCGGGAGAGAGAAGACCAUAUUUGGCGAAGCAGCCAUGUCGCCUGGCAUUAUGCACCCGUAUCUUUUCCUUACAAAGCUGCUGUGUAUCUACUAGUAUAGUAGAACUAGGAAACAACCAUAGACUGUACUUUUGCUUAAUGCAUUAAUUACAGAACUGAUGGAAGUCUCAUUCUUCUCAGUACUGGCUGCCUCUAAAUACCCAAAAAGUGGCAUCCUAAAAAACAGUUGCCCUCCCCUGCAGCAGUGGUCUUGCAUACGUUAUGAGUGUAAAAGUAUGGCCUGGAGAAGCAGUACACUAGAAAUUGGCAAACACAAGUUAUUUUUAUUUUGGUUCACGUUAGAACUUUUACAGAGUAUUAUUUCUUGUAAUGAAACAGCUCCCUCUUCUGCUUCAGUCAUGUAACUGUUUAAUUUGCUGUAUUUGCAGGAGAUACUCAGAUUUACUAUCCAGAACAGAAGAAACACUCAUAAGACGUUUAGAAAAUAAAACUGAAAAAAUUGUUUCAUUUUGAAAUUUAAAUGUCUCUUAAAGAAAAUUGGCUACACUAAAAUGCGAUUUUAUAUUAUAGCUUUCUUCAUAACUUACAGUUAAUCUUUACAUGGCUGACAAGUGUCAUUUUGCUAGGAAACCUAAUUGAUUUGUGCAAUUUCCUCAUACCUUCAAUAAAUGUGUUUUUAUAUGUU